AUGCUGAGGUCGCGCCCUCUUUGGGCAUCCAUCUUCGCUUUGGUCUGCCACGAGUAUCCUCUGGUUAUCAUGCUGCAGUUUCUUCCCAACUACAUGCGUGACGUAUUGGAGUUUGCGCCCACGCAAAACGGACUGAUCGCCGCCUUGCCAAUUCUGUGCCUGUUCCUCUCAAAAACGCUCUCUUCUUCGUUCGCAUCGUACUUGGUCACGAAGAGAGACAUCGACAAAACAAUCGUCUGCAAGGGUUUCAAUGCGGUCGCAUCUGCGGGACUGGCAAUGUGCAUCUUCAUGGUGCCACUAUUCGACAAAAAUCGAGCAGUGUUCGCCGUGUUCUCGCUGUGUGGUGCAAUGAUAUUCGCAGGUAAGUCAUGCACUUCUGUGAUUAGGGCCGUUUCGUCUUGA